AUGACGACUACGACCUCUACCCCCUCCACUCGUCUACAUGUACGAGAAGAACAAGAGGAAGGAGACCUUCUGGUAAUGCCAUUGCCGACGCUGCGGUAUCACAAGAGCGAUUACGCGGUAGCCGGAGGGACUGCCCCCAACAGUGCUUCUACGACCGAAGAAGAGGACGAACACGAACUCGAUGACCUCCUGGGCGACAGCAGCAAUGUGCACCAUACCAACAACAAUAACAACAACAACGAACUGAUUGAACAAUUCAUGGCGCGCAUGGGUCUGACGGGCGAGGGCUCCGUUCGACAGUCGCUGCUCAGCAUGACAUCCAGUUUGACGCUCACGGAUUUUGAUGAAUUGGAAGAAGACGACAUUUACGGGGAUCACGUCGACCACGAUGACAAUUUCCAGCAGCAGCAACAACAACCCUUGGACCAAGAUAACGACUGUGUCCCAACCUGUCCUGCACGACGGGUGAGUUUGCAGCAGACAUCGCAACAUACUACCACUUCUACGACCAACCACAACACUCCGAGUACGAUCCAAACAACAACAACAACAACAACAACUACGACCGAUUGCAUGCCCAAACGUCCCGGACGACGGACCAGCGAAACCACGUGCCAAUCGAUUCCCGAAGAUUCAAUCGCGACGCCAAAGGAAGAUGUCGACGAGCUGUUGACCAGUCUCAGCGGCCAUCAUCGUGUCGACGCCAUGCCCAAACGACCGCGGCGACGCAAUUCGGAUAGUACUUGUAAAUCCAUUCCGGAAGGCACUGCCUUUUGCGAUUUGAAGGACUACGUUCCCAUUGUACCGGCACGACGACAAAGCGACAACAGGAGUGCGUGCAAGUCCAGUAGUAUCGUGAGUCUACGAGCAUAG